AUGUCCGACGAAUUCGCAGAAUUAUUGAAGCAGAAACUGUCCGAAUGCACAGAUGUUACCAGGCUUGUCGAUUGCGUUUGGAACGAUAACCGAUGUCGGACUUUACUGAUGCGAAAAAUCCAGUCGACCCCCGAGGCAGGAAGCCCUGACACUUCGGUGCCAACGUCCUCCGUUUCAUUACACGCCGCGAUGCCAGGAGCUGAAGUGCCUGACAAACGUGACGUGUCUGUUGGCACUGAUUUUUGUUCGCAGAGUGACACCGAUUCGCCGUGCGCACAUGCCAACUCCCCGAUGUUUAUUCGCAGUGAUGCUGCUACAACAGCCGACCUGAGUUUGGCCGACGCUGCGUUACACAUCCGUUGCCAGACACCUGACGAGAACGCUUCGCCAUCGUACCCAUCGCCAUCGCCCACACCUGGCCCUCCACGUAGACACCGCCGCCCCGAGAUUGAAGACAGCUCUGCCUCGUACGAUAUUCCAUCACGUAAGCGCCGACGAGUGAAUAAAAAAGAGAGCGAAAAAAAAAAGGGCUCGUCGGUGGAAGUCUCUCAGUCCUCUUCCUCAAGCUCUCCACGUAAAUUUCGAGGCCCAGGGAAAAAGAAGAAGGCAAUAGUACCAUAUUUUGAAGAACCAAAAUUUCUCAACGUAAAGGAACCACUCCGACUUCAGGUCUCUGAAUAUACUGAGCUGAAUGGUAUCCAAGAUGCUCUCAGGCUUGUUGAAGCUUUUGAAUGUCAAACUGUCGAAGGAGUACAGCCUGAACCUUCAGCUUCCCUGGUCCGGAAACUGAAAUGCCGUUUAGAUGAGUGUGACAAGUUAGAGGAAAGGGGCCAUAGCUUGGCUGUCAGAGCGCAGGUUGAGCGUUAUUUUAAUAUGAUACAGGUAAUUGCGGAAUUAUUUCGCCGGAAAAAAGAGAAAGCGGAAGGAGAGACAGAUGAUGACAUUGUGAGAGAGUUCAAAAAAGAGCUUUUUCCUGAACAGACCCCUCAGCAAGCGCAGUCAUCGUGGGACUAUUUCUACCGAGUAGGGAAAGUCUUGUUUGAGGCAGUACAACGAUACGGCUACGGUGUCCUUGUAUUCCCGCUCUAUGGUGUGACCAAGAAAAGCUUGCAUGAGCUAGGUCACAAAUAUAUUGGUGAAUUUCUCGACUACAUAGACAGGUGUCAGCCUGCACUAGAGGCGAGGAUUCGCAAUAUAUCCUACAUUUUGCCAAGGUUGAUGACCUGGGGCUUGCCGGCUGGAACGCUACAGGUCGAGAAAGUCCAGUUCGAAGAGCUGUCUGAGCUUGAUCGGGCGAAUGCUUUCAAUUGCUGUUUCCCAUUGCCUGCAGGUGUUAGUAGUGCGGAAUUGCAGGUACCAAAUAUCGGCGUAGGGAUCCCGUCCUGGCCGGAGCAGCCCAGCGCUCAGGAUGUGGUACAAGAGGAGAGCAAGGAUGACGAACAGGAUGGCGAAACAUCACAGCUGAGCUGGGGGGGCAUGCCUCUCGAGGAUGUUGGGAUCUACGGCUUUGAUCGAAUUCCUGAUUGUUAG